AUGGCUUCAUUCAGGAUUGUAGCUGGCCUUGGGGCUCUUGCUGUCGUAAGAGCAUUGGAUAUCGCUCGUUUCAGCCUUAAUACUCGCGGCGAUGGUUUCGUCACCGUUCCCGUGGUACCUCUAAUUCCUAGUGGACUCCAGCGAAGAGCAAUUCCCACCGAUGACCUCACCAAUGAGAAGAUAUUCUAUGCUAUUGAUGUUGAACUGGGCACACCUCCUCAGCUUACGACUGUACUGCUCGACACUGGGUCGGCCGAACUCUGGGUCGACCCUGACUGCUCUGGAAUUGAUCCCACAUCUACCUCGGAUAUCGCCGAAUGCACAGCUAUUCCCAAAUACAUUCCGGCAGACUCAUCAACGGCUGAAGAUCUUGGCGUCUCUGAGACUCUUAAUUAUGGAGACGCUUCUGAUCCUUCAUCACAAACAUCUGUCACGAUCGAAUACUUCACUGACACUUUGACCAUUGGAGGUGCUGGUAUCACGUCACAGAUCUUCGGAGUUGCCACAGCAAGUCAGAACAUUGCCCAAGGCAUUCUUGGUGUUGGGCCUGAUGUCACCUACGGCUUUUCCACAACAGAUCCCUACAGCCUUGUGCUCGAUACUAUGGCUGCAGAGGGUGUCAUUAAUAGUAGAGCUCUUUCCCUUGAUCUUAGGGGCCAGAACGAUCCGGAUGGUACAAUCAUUUUUGGUGGUCUUGACAAGGGCAAGUUUGAAGGAACAUUGAAGAAGCUUCCUAUCAUUCCUGCAGAUGAAAGCCCGGAUGGUGCAUGGCGCUAUUAUGUCUCGUUGACGUCCCUUGGCUCGUCCGUCACUGCAGCCUACAGUGUCCCUGCUGGAGGGCUUGCGGUCUUCCUUGAUAGUGGAAACACUUACAGCCGUCUCCCGCAAGAUCUUGCCCAGGCCAUCUACACGGACCUGAACGGAGUCUAUGACUCGGCAUCCGGUCUAUAUCAAGUUGACUGUGCGCUCCGCAGUUCUGAUGGCACUAUCAGCUUCGGAUUUGGCGACAAGGUCAUCGACGUCACCUUCUCAGACUUCAUACAGGAUUACACCUUCUCUGAUGGGUCACACUACUGUGCUGCUGGUGUGAUUGCCACGAGUUCCGCUCCUGUGCUUGGAGACUCCUUCCUUCGUGCUGCUUAUGCCGUGUUGUGGCUCUUCUCCGUCUGGCACUUCGAGCGCGAGUUUCACCCCUUCCGGGACACCGUCAAACACGGCUACCGAGUCAGCGACACCUACACCAACACCAACGGAGAGCUCUACAGUGACUGUCUCUCCGUCUGA